AUGGACUACAAUUCUUGCUUCCUUAUAUCGGGUGGUGUGGAUGGAACACUUCAGCUUUGGAAGAAACCAGACAAAGGGGCCCCUUUCAACCCAUGGCUUGGGAACCUCCAGCAGGUGUACCUCUGUGCAAAUGGAAAGGCUGUCUUUAUUGCAUUCUUGGACUCCAAAGACAUCAUUGUGUGGGGCUUGCCAGCAUGGAAUGGGUUGUGGUGGUCCAAGCUACUGACAAGAAUUGGUCAUACUGCGUGGUCUUCGGAGAUUGCAAUCAAUGGCACAGAUAAUGGGGAGAUUCAGCUUUGUGAAGUUAUGUCUGGGAAUCAUGCAAGUGCUCAGCUGGUCCAGAUGGUGGCAUCAAUUGCAAUCGCAGUUCUCAGCAAUCUUGCCUAG